AAUUCAAUUCGCACAUAAAAGACGAUGGAUACGAAGCACAUAUCCUAUUCCUGAUCUAUAGUUUCUUUUCUUCUUACUUUCCAAUCUACAACGACAACAGUUCUUAGAAUGACCAUUUCUUCACACGUCAAGCUCGCCUACUUUGACAUUGGCACCAACGGUUUUGGUGAGUAUGUCAAGCUCCUUCUUCAAGACUCUGGUGUCUCCCACGAUUACGAACGUAUUCCACUCGAUCCCGAGGAAUGGUCAGCGAAAAAAGAGGAGUUGAAAAAGAGCAGAGCGCUGCCUUUUGGUACUCUUCCGUAUGUCGAAAUAGAAGGCAGAUAUUAUGGUGGCAGCACGCCUCUUUUGCGUCUUCUUUCCAAAAAGCUCGGAAAGUACCGCGGUUCUGGUAGUGACGAUGAUGAGUAUUUUCUCGAUGCGGCAACAGAUCUCUGCCUCGACUGGCGCAAUGCUGCAAACAAGGUCCUCUUCGCCAAAAAGACCAAUGGGGAUGUUGUGAAGGCCAAAGAGUAUUACGUUCAAACGGAUGCUGUUAAACACUACGGUAGAUUUGAUGAGGCCUACAGCUUACAUGAUGGUCCUUACCUCUUGGGCCAAGAAAUUUCGUAUCCUGAAUUCUUGGUUUAUCACAUCAUUUAUAACGAUGGCCGUACGAAGCAGGGAUUGGAUAAGUAUCCUAAUCUCGCUCGCUUUAUCAAGGCAUUUGAAGAGCGAACAAAUUUGAAGGAAUACGUUACUACGCUUCCUGAAAGCCCUUCAUUUGCAACAUAGAACACUAUCAUGUUUCGAUUUAUUAUAAUAAAUAACAGUAG